AUGAAAAAUACAACGGCGGAAGAGUUAAUAAUUACCCUAAGAUCAAUUUUUGCCACUGUUGGGUUGCCACAGCAAUUAGUCACAGAUAAUGGACCACCAUUUGGAUCAUCAGAAUUUAACAAAUUUUGUAAGUUGAAUGGUAUAUUGCUAACACAUUCUCCUCCAUACCACCCUCAAUCUAAUGGGUUAGCAGAAAGAAAUGUAGCAACAGUUAAGAAAAAUUUGGCAAAACAAUUAAGGGAAAAUGAACAAAAACAAUGUAGAAAAUCUCUACAACUACUAUUGGAUAAUUUUCUUUUAAAACAUAGAAACACGCCAAAUACUGUAACUGGACUCAAGCCUACAGAACUUGUUUUCAAGUAUGUUCCGAGAACACUCCUUACAUUGAUUCAUCCACACGCUGUUAAAGAUGAAGAAAAGGCAAUGAUGAUGAAGAGGAGACAACCGGAAUUUACUAUAAAUGAUAAAGUGUUGGCGUUUAUUAAUUUGGGCGGAAGAUUAGGACAUUGGAGGGAAGGAAAAAUAGUAGAAAGGAAGAGUUAUAGAACUUACAUGGUGCAAUUUGAUAAUGAAACUAGAUUUAUGCAUGUGGAUCAUUUGAAAAUGGAUAAAAGUAAAAAUCAACACAGUGAAAAUAUAUCAGAGGAUGAGAAGAAUUUGAGAUAUCAAUGGUUAUUACAAAGUUUACCAACAUCAAUAGAGAAGAAUGAAGAUAAGACAUAUAAAGAGGUACCUGUGACUAUGGAGACAAUGGAGAAAUCUAAGAUACCGCAAGGUCCAGAAUCGGAUUCCUCAGAUCAUCCCUCUACUCCCAAAUCUCCUAAAACCCCUAACUUACGUCGAUCUAAAAGAAUCAUAAAGGCACCCCAAAAAUUAGAUUUGUAA